AUGGGUAAGGGAAAGCCUCGUGGUCUUAACGCCGCUCGCAAGCUGGCCAACACGCGCCGUGAGAACCGCUGGGCCGACUUGCAGUACAAGAAGCGCCUUCUCGGAACUGCCUACAAGUCCUCUCCCUUCGGUGGUGCUUCCCAUGCCAAGGGUAUUGUCCUCGAAAAGGUCGGCGUUGAGGCCAAGCAGCCCAACUCUGCCAUUCGGAAAUGUGUCAAGGUUCAGCUCAUUAAGAACGGCAAGAAGGUCGCCGCUUUCGUUCCCAACGACGGUUGCCUGAACUUCAUCGACGAGAACGACGAAGUCCUCCUCGCCGGUUUCGGUCGUAAGGGCAAGGCCAAGGGUGAUAUUCCCGGUGUCCGUUUCAAGGUCGUCAAGGUUUCCGGUGUCGGUCUGCUCGCUCUGUGGAAGGAGAAGAAGGAGAAGCCCCGCUCUUAA